AUGACAGAUGUUUUUCUUGUGGGUUAUGAGCCACAGUUUGAAAACCCCUGCUCUAAAUUACUAAGGGUGUCUGAGCGUGAGGGAACAUCCCAGGUACGGUCGCCAGACAUAGGUUCAUUUUAUCCAUAUGGAAUUGGAGACACAGUGAAUGGACGCAUUGAUGAUGGAAGUUCUGUGGUGAUUUACCUCCUGCAACAGUUUAUAUUUUUUGGACACACAUACAACCAAACUUAUGUUAACAACAAUGGACACUUGACUUUUAAUGCAGCAUGGUACAGCUUCUCUCCAUACAGCUUCCCAGCAUAUGGUGGAAUAGACCUCAUUGCUCCAUUCUGGACUGAUAUUGAUAACCGUUACAACGGUGUUAUCUCAUAUCAGCAGUACACCUCUGGCAGUGUCCUGACACAAGCUACACAAGACAUAAACCAAUACUUCCCUGAUCUCAACUUUUCUGCUUCAUGGGUCUUUGUUGCAACAUGGGACAGAGUGGCGUAUUAUUCAAAUUCAGGAACAGAAACAUCUUUCCAAGUGGUUUUGAUUUCAAAUGGCAAUUUCUCAUUUGUUUUAAUGAACUAUGGUACAAUUGCUCCAUCACAACGAAAUGUGCAGGCUGGUUAUGACACCGUCAACUCAAGCUACUAUUUCUCAAUUACUAAAACUCUGCAGACCUUCACAGACUUAACAAACAGCAGCAAUGUCAAUGUUUCAGGCAGAUGGGCCUUCAGAACAGAUCUUGGACAGGGUUUUCAUAUUAGUGAUGUAAAUGAAUGUCAGGUCAGUCCAUCUGUAUGUGGUUCAAACUCCAACUGCACAUAUACAAAUGGAGGAUACAGUUGCUCAUGUUUGGAUGGAUUUACUGCAACAUUGCCAAAUCUCACCAUCAGCAUCAAUAACACAUGCACAGAUGUGGAUGAAUGUCAGGUGAAUCCAUCUGUAUGUGGUCCAAAUUCCACCUGCACAAAUCUAAAAGGAAGUUACAGUUGCUCAUGUUUGGAUGGAUUUACUUCAACAUUCCCAAAUCUCACCAUCAGCAGCAACAACACAUGCACAGAUGUGGAUGAAUGUCAAGUGAAUCCAUCUCUAUGUGGUCCAAAUUCCACCUGCACAAAUGUAAAUGGAGGUUACAGUUGCUCAUGUUUGGAUGGAUUUACUGCAACAUUCCCGAAUCUUACCAUCAACAUUAAUAACACUUGCACAGAUCUAUUUCAUUGA